AUGUUUAAUUUACAUAUGGCAUUAUUAUCAUUUACAGAAGCAACGAUUACGGACGACAGGGAUGGAGAUACUCGUAAUAUGCUCAAUGAUGAUUGUUCUGUGAAGGCAGUAACUCCAAUAGAAGGUGAUUUUUUACUUAUUUUUUAUGUUAAAGGAAUUUUAGCUAUAACUAUUGCGGAGCUGGAAGAAGUUCGUGCUUUCAUAUUUGAACAGCGAAAGAAGAAGGAAGCCGCUGAAGCGCGCCGGAGACGCUCAAUCACAAAAUCAAGUACUACACUAAGUUCAGUAUCUUCUAAAAGCAAGCCGCCCACCUCAAAAAAGAUGCAAAUUAAAAAAGUCAAAAAAGCUGGUCAUAAUGAUGGAGUGAUAAAAGUAAAAAAUUUGAAUGUUAUUUCUAAAAUUCAAAAAAUUAAGGCAAUUGUUGAGCGUAACAAAAACGAAGAAAAUAUUGAGCCCGUUGAUGACGUAAUGAUGGACUAUGAGGAUGAAGAGGAUGAUUCUGAAGAUCCAGACCCCAAUGAAAUCAUUGAUUUAGACGAUAAUGAGGAAGAGUACAAGAAAAUGAAAUCUGAGCUGCCAGAAGGUAUCCUCAACCGUGCACAAAUUCUUAAGGAGCCUAGAAAAGGACUGUUCAUAUACCAAUGCUCUGAAUGUCGCGAGGAUCAAAAGAAGAGAGAAUACUUUUUAUUCAAAUGCGGGAGUUCAGAUAAUGCAAUCCUUACAAUGGAAUUGUGCGCUGAGGAUUUGGACAAAAAUAUUCUGCUGGGGAUGUCUUAUUCAGGCCCUUGGGGUAAAUUAAUACUUUAAAAUAAUAAACAAAUUUUUUAAAGGACAAACAACAAAGAAUUUGAAAUAUGAUCAACAAACAUCGAGCUUUGAAAAAGGUAUAGAAUUUUUAAAAUUUUUUAAUAAUUAUUUU